AUGGUCCAUCCAGAACAGGAUAUCUGGGCACCUUCAGUGACGAAGCGAGGAGACACUUACUACUGCCACUACUCUGUAUCGCGUAUCGGUCUCCAGAACUCCUCUAUCGGUGUGGCGACAUCGCUUUCCCUUGAGCCAGGUAGCUGGCAAGACCACGGUGAUAUCGGUCUCCCCCUAUCUCACAAGUAUAACUUGAUCGACCCCUUCGUGUACCAAGAGACGCCCAAUGACCCAAUUUACUUUACCUUUGGAUCUUUCCGGGACGACAUCUUCCAAGUUGAGCUAUUUCCCCACGAUGACCUUAUAGCUUUUGGUAGGUGGGUCGCGGACAACAAUCGUAUCAAUAACUUGGUGCGCAAUGGUACCAUCGGUGCCGGAGUCUCUGAAGGUGCUAUCAUGCACAAAGAGAAGGAUUUUUACUACAUGUUCUACAGUGUUGGUCAGUGCUGCAACAAGCCAUCAGACAAGGACGGCCUUGCACCGGAAGGUCAAGUGUACCACGUUGUCGUCUGCCGCUCGGAAGUCCCAACCGGACCCUUCUACGACCGAGAGGGCAAGAGUUGUCUCGAAGAGAAUGGCGGUACUACGAUCCUCGCCAGUCAUGGCGAUAUCUAUGCGCCUGGUGGUCAGGGUGUUAUGGCGCACCCUGACAAUGGGAGGACGGUGAUGUAUUAUCAUUAUGUUCGCCAGAGUGUUGGCUACGAGGCCGAUCAAUUCUUCUUUGGUUACAACUACCUCAAUUGGGAGGACGGAUGGCCGGUCGUUGUUGUUGCCUGA